CGACACACGGGUCCCGGUUCGGUGGUGUUGCACCUGUCAUGUCCAGGAUCGCAAGACCCUUACGGCUGUUGUUUAUAAAGCAUUAGCUUCAAACUUGAGCUCACCGUUAGCGAAUCUCAACCGUCAGCUGCCCAACGCAACUUGCGGAGUUCGUUGGGCGCCCAGACCGCUCAGCGCUGUCUCGUCUGACUGUUUCAGGUGAGUCGGAGUUACCUCAACGAAGGGCGCAUUCAGUGUGCGCACCUACCUUUACCGAAGACGGCGGCUCUGCCUGGAGUUUUGACUACAGCAAUACCACAAUUUUCGGAAAUUCGUCAUACUUACCUGUUUCGUUCAUGAUUGCCAACCCAGCCCCCUGGCGAUACAGAACUGGCCAUUGCAAGCAACGAUCCAACCACGGUUUGUUUCUUAGAAUCGGGCUGGACGGUAGACGACACUUCUCAGGCUGUGGCAACUCGGCUACCCCCGUACCUGCUGAUUCGACUGGUCGAAUGAACGUCCCGCGUCCUCAAGGAACUCUGAAGAAAAUGGCCUCGUUACUGCCGCUGAUACAGGACAUCCUUCCCAUGAUCUUGCCAGCUUCCGUCUUCGUGAGGAAGGCGGCCGACAUCCUCCCGCCCGAGCCCCAGGCCAGAGAAGCAGAAGGAGGGAGCCCAGUUGUCCGGGUCGUCAGCGGGCACGCAAUUGUCGACAAGACAGACAAAAUGUGCGCAUCAGUCCUUAUUCUGAAACCUGGGUCGUCCUCUGCUAUACGCCACCACGGCGAACAAGAAACCAUCCUCUACACAGUCUCAGGCAAGGGCGUCUUACUUUCGCAGCCGAAGGGGGACGAGGUAGAGCCGCAACGACACGAGCUCGGGCCAGGGGACUUUGCCUUCAUCCCCGCGUGGACAGAGCACCAAGUCGUCAACGAGUUCGAAGAGGCGGACUUGCAUUUGGUGCUCAUCCGGAGCGGGAGCCAGCCUGUCGAGGUCAACCUGACAGACUGGAACGGCGCCCAGGUUAAGGAUGGGCCAAAACGAUGAUGGGGGACGGCCCGGGGCGGUCCCAAAGUCGGAUCCCCGGAAGAUACAAGUUUAUCCUUUGCUGUUGUAUGUAGAGUACCAGUGGAUACAAUCACAUCUUUGGCUGCAAACUGGAAU